AUGUUGGAUCGGUCCACCUCAAACAACGGAUGUCAGUGCAAGCACGGGCCAACUGCUAUCUCCAAAGAUAAAAUAGAUCUUGCCUACCGCGGCGGCAUUGCUCCACAGUUGUGUGGCAACCAAUGCGGGCUAGCAGUGAAUGGGACGCGACGACUAUGUGUAAACAACACCGCAUCAUUGAGGACUGCGCUGGUGCACCCGCAUGCAACUUAG